GACAUAAAGUCACUGAAUUGCAAGCUUGUAACAAAUGCCAGGAUCAAUACCGAGUCUUUGCUCAAGCAAACAGUUAAAUUGCGAGUUGGUGGCGUGAAAUAUCCUGUUUUAGUUCUAUAUUCUCUGAAUCCCACAACCCUGAGGUUUGUUGCCAAAUUGGAACCUCGUGCACACAAACACACACCCAGAGAGACACUAGCUCAGAUCCACGUGCAUGCAACAUGAGAAUUUUGUUAAUGUCAAUGCACCGAAAUUAGGCGCCAACAUAAAUAAUCCCAUUUACAUAAUAGUCAUAUUGCUUAUUACUUAUUAUUUAUACAAACCGACAAUUUAGCAUGAAUUUGUCGCGUAAGUAAAUGUUUCGCCGGAAUUAACCAACCGUGUAAAGUGGCAAGUUUACUAUCGCAGGUAUUUAGCGGCCUAAGUGCCAGUUAAUGUGCCUCAGAUCCUACUGCGACAUCACUUUAAUGUCUUACUCAUUUCAUACUCUGCGGAUCCAGACUUGAUUUUCGAACAAACAUUUUCAUAUUGAUAAUUAAACAAACAACAACUAUUUGCAGACAAUUAAAACGCUUGGAUGAACAACGUUUCGUUUCCACAUCUAUCGCGUUAAAUAACGACACAAUGUGAUGUAAUUGUAGCAAGAAAUGUCCAGCUAGUGGGUAUAAAACUGAGAGUUUGGCGGUUAAUUUUAUCACUGAGUCUGCGGACAACUGAAAGGACCAGAAGUAACAGCGAGCAACAUGACAAUGAAGUUGGUAUUACUUGUGGCAGUGACGGUUCUCGUGGGAUUCCAAGAGGCGACGGCGGGUCACGCGCACAGUUUCGCCCACUUCCACGGGCCAGUAGAGGGACCAGGACACGAGGUUACAGUUCACGACAAACACGGCCACCAUCACGUUGACUAUGUCGCGCAUCCUAAGUACGAAUUCGCCUACGGAGUCCAGGAUCAUCACACAGGCGAUUAUCACGGUCACAAAGAGCAUCGUGAUGGUAAACACAUUGUCGGCGAGUACACAAUAAAGGAGCCCGGUGGUAAUGUCAGGACGGUUAAAUACUACGCGGAUCCACAUGGCGGAUUCUUCGCUGAUGUACACAACUCUAAUGGUAACGACCAUUCUGGCGGAACUUAUGGAGGAUACCACGGUCAUCAUGACUAUUGAUUGGUGGUUGUUGACAUUUGAUUAGAUGGAAUUAUUACUUUGUGCUAUUCGGCUAUUGGCUACCUUUGUUAAUAAAU